AGGCGACAAUGUAAUUAAAUUUCUAUUGUACAACAUAAUAUAUUAUCUCUAUGAAAUAGGUGAUUGUGACGUAAUGAAUUGUAGCGGUGUCUUUGUGACGUCAUAGUCGGCAGCAGGACGCAUGUAAACAAACGUCCUCCGUAAACCCCACAGUUGUUUGGUGUUUAUCCUCAGAUUCGUAGUUAGUUUUAAUCAUGCUGCUGGUUAGGUUGACAAAUUACAAUAAGUUAAAUAUAUUCAAACGAACGUUUGGUCCAAUAAGAUGCUUGGCUGGUUUCAGCGGGAGUGGAAGUUCUCAUCAAAAUCCAUCUAGCGUUAAAAAGUCUUCCAUGCUAUCUGUUGGUUUGUUGAAUAAACAAUGUGUCCGACGGCAGAUGCCGGGUCCCAGCUCAGUGGUGGGUGGGGGGGCCUCCGUGGAAUUGGGGUCAAAGAAAUUGUUAAAGUUUAUGUCGUCCUACAUCUGGCCCAAAGAUAAUUCCUUAGUUCGAAGACGAGUUGUUUUGUCACUAUCAUUGUUGGUGAGCGCAAAACUAUUAAACGUCCAAGUUCCGUUCCUGUUCAAGUACGCGGUGGAUGCGUUAAGUGAAGUUGGAUUGAACACAAGCACCACGAGCGCUGCCGUGUUUUCAUCUGUGUUUUGCCUCAUACUCGCAUAUGGGGGUGCCAGGAUGACGACAGCUUUGUUUAACGAAUUGCGUGAUGCAGUAUUUGCGAGGGUCGCGCAACGGUCGAUACGAAAUAUUGCCCGCCAAUUAUUCGCUCACCUUCACAACCUUGACCUUAAGUUUCAUCUUAGCCGACAAACUGGGGCCGUAUCGAAAGCAGUGGACCGUGGAACUCGGGGAAUCAACUUCCUUUUUCGUGCGCUUGUGUUUAACAUCGUACCAACCAUAUUUGAGGUCUCGUUGGUUAGUUCGAUCCUUUGGUAUAAAUGUGGAGGUCAGUUUGCAUUUGUUACCCUGGCAACCAUAGCGAGCUAUGCAACAUGGACACUUGGUGUUACAGCGUGGAGGACAAAAUAUCGAAUUCAAAUGAACAAAUCCGACAACCAGAUGGGGAACUUGGCUGUGGAUUCGCUGCUAAAUUAUGAAACCGUGAAAUAUUUUAACAACGAAAAUUUUGAAGUGCAAAGAUACGACAAAUGUUUAGCAAAUUAUGAAGAAGCAAAUAUUAAAACCAACAUGUCGCUUGCGUUGUUAAACUUUGGACAACAAUUCAUAUUUAGCGCCGGUUUAACAGCUAUAAUGUUUCUUGCCGCUCAAGGUAUUCAAACGGGCAGUUUAACAGUUGGUGAUCUGGUGAUGGUUAACGGACUUUUGUUUCAACUUUCAGUCCCCUUAAAUUUCCUCGGUUCGGUUUAUCGUGACAUCAAGCAAUCAUUGAUUGACAUGCAAUCCAUGUUCAGUUUGAUGGAACAAAAAGUUUCCAUCACCAACCUUCCACAAGCCCCCAUGAUUGAUCUACAACCCAACGAUGUUUCAAUCAAGUUUGAAAACGUUUCCUUUGGUUACACGGGCGACAAACUAAUUCUUAACGACCUUAAUUUCGCUGUCGAGCCCGGACAAAGUAUUGGCAUUGUGGGUGGAAGCGGCAGUGGGAAAUCGACAAUCGUCAGGUUGUUAUAUCGUUUCUAUGAUCCUGCAUCAGGUCGAAUAUUAAUCGGUGACAACGAUAUUAAACAAGUCAACCUUGAAAGUAUGCGGCAACAUAUUGGUAUUGUACCACAAGAUACCGUGUUAUUUCAUGAUACAAUUUAUCAUAAUAUAUCAUACGGAAACCUUAAAGCAAGUGAAGCCGAGAUAAUUGAAGCAGCCAAGAUGGCCGACGUCCAUCAUUCAAUCCUCAACAUGCCCCAUGGUUACAAGACCCAUGUGGGUGAACGGGGGUUGAAACUUUCAGGGGGUGAAAAACAACGGAUCGCGAUCGCUCGAGCGAUUCUUAAGAACCCGACGCUGGUUGUUUACGAUGAAGCGACUUCGUCAUUAGACUCGAUCACAGAAGAAAACAUCCUGAGUGCGAUCAGGCGCGUCACACAAACCAAAACGGCGAUAUUUAUCGCGCAUAGAUUGUCCACGGUCAUGGCUUGCGACGAGAUUUAUGUUUUGGCCGAGGGGAAAGUAUCAGAGCGUGGAACGCAUCAACAAUUAUUGGGCGAUAAAAACUCAUUGUAUUACGAACUAUGGAAAAGUCAAAACAAAAUUGUCGGUUAAAGUUGUUUUUAAAGUUUUAUGCAGUUCAUCUAUGCAUGAUUUUAUAAUGAUUGUAAAAAUAAAUAGUUAACUUAACAUUGAUAGGAAGAAUAGCGAUUGUGACAUAAUAGAUUAUUGAUGUACGUUGGUUCAUUGCAAAGAAUUUUAAUUACAAGGUGGAAUAUAUUUUA